AUGUCGCUAUUAACGAUUCCAAAUUCUCAGUCUUCGUCAUCACGUGCUUCCUCAUCCAAAGAGACUUCAGGUGAUCUAGGUGACUUCGCACCUCUUUGGUCUUACUUAGAGAACGACAAUCAAUAUAUUGAUAAUACUUUGGGAGAUUUCGGGAGGUUAUGGGGAUUUUUACAAGGGGAAAAAGAUAAAUGGUGUAAUUCUGGUUCGACAUCUAUUGAGGACAUUGACGGUUUUUUGACCUCAAGUGGUCAACCAUGCGAAGUAAAACAACCUCCAGUAUUACCUCACUCUUCUUCUUCUGAAUAUUCUUCUGAAGAAGAGAUCUUAAUCGCUAAGCAUAAAGCGAAUAAAGCGAUCAAAGUAGUACAGCCAUCAAAAAAGAAAGUUGAAGGUGUCGUGGUCGUUACCGUAAAUAAAGGUAACGAAAAGGUGACGAACAAGAAGAGUAAGAAAGGUAAAAAGUCAUUUGAACAUAAAGACGGCGUAAAAACGAUUAUAAAUGAUGGCAGCAAAAGAGUACAUUUCAAUAAUAUAAAUUCAUCAAAUAAUCAAAGAGUACAUUUCAAUAAUGUAAAUUCAUCAAAUAAUCAAAAGCAACCAGAACCAGCUUUGCUUGAAAAUAAUCAGAAAGCGAAUGUUAGAUUCAAUUCAAAAAUGACCGUCAAAUUUAGUGUACCGAUUCCAAUUAAGAUAUCAGAUGAUCCUAUCCAUGUUUUUGUUGAUAAUUCCAACAUUCUCGUUGGAUUCUUGGCAUACUGUCGGAAGCAAAGUUUUUCAAAUCGCAUUCAAAACUCUCAGGAUGUUUUGGAAAAGAAGAAACCCAGGUUAGAAUAUGAUGCGCUCUUUACCAUUCUUGAACGUGGGAGAAACGUCGCACGCAGAGUUUUAGUGGCUUCUUCUCCAUUAUAUCAACCACUCGACAAAGCCGCUCAAACCGGUUACGAGGUUUCAGUUCUUAAGCGUGUGAAAAGAAGUAUUUUUGAUGAUGAUGUAAACACGCAACAAAUAGAUCAUACCGUUAGUGGCUUUCAGCAACCACCACAUUUCGAGAUGGAAAAAGAGCAAUGUGUUGAUGAACUUCUCCAUCUCAAGAUCUUGGAAUCCUUACUCGAUUAUCACGCUCCCGCCACUUUGGUCCUUGCUAGCGGCGAUGGUAAAGAUGCAGAAUAUUUCCAAGGAGGAUUCCACAAGUGUAUAAUUAAAGCUUUGGAACGAGGAUGGAGAGUCGAAGUCAUUAGUUGGCAACGUCAAUUGAGUCAAAACUUUCUCAACAAGAAGUUCUUGAGCAAGUGGCAAGGCCUUUAUCAUGUCGUCUUUUUGGAUUGGUUCGCCAAGGAGUUGGGAUGCGACAUGUAA